UCGAAAGUUCUGGUCUGUCAUGAACUUCAUUGUUGUUAGGGAGAGCGGGGCAGUGAUGUUGAAGGUGGUUGACAUGUCCAAGAGGAAGAAGAAUGCAGUUUCGUUGGCGAAAUUGUGGGAAGGGGUGAUUCGAGAGAUUGGAGUGCAGAGAGUCAAUGCUUUGUGCACGGACAACGCAGAGGUGAACAAGCAUGCAGCGAGAAUUUUGAGGAGGAGAACGGACCUGAACAUUUCGUGGAUUCCUUGGGCGUCGUGUGCUGCUCAUUGUCUGAACCUGUUGCUGAAGGGGAUAUGUGAAGAGUCGUGGGUGCAAAAACUGCACAAGAGGGGCAAGACGAUUGUGAAGUGUAUCAAGAACCACCACAAGACAGCGCAAUUGUUCAAGGACUGUUCGGAGAUGGAGCGCAGCAGGACACUUAUCAUGUCGAUGGAAGUGCGUUUUGCCUCCGUCUACAUGAUGUUGGAAAGGCUACUCGACCGCAAGAAGGUGUUGAAGGCGAUGAUGAAGGAAGGGUGGCUUGGGAUCAAAUGGGCUGCUCGGAAGAAGCGCAAGAUAGCGGAAACGGUGUAUCUGACAGUCAGGUGGAUGAGUCCAGCGACACGGGACAACAACGAUGACGGGAAGGAUCUGGUUUGGAGGGGGAAGGGAAAAAAACAUAAGGAUAUCGAAUGUUUGGAUGCUGCACGUCAUCAAGAAGGGAAAGCGCAGGUGGAAGAAGUUGAUGAUGAUAGUGAUUCUCACGAGGAGGAUGAAGUACAAGAAAUGGACUUCGCACUUCGCGCACCUGUGGAGUCGGAUGAGGACUCCGAUGACGGGGACAAUGAAGUACAAGAAAUGGACUUCGCGCUUCGCACACCUGUGGAGUCAGAUGAGGACUCCGAUGACGGGGACGAUGACGAUGACGAUGACAUGACACUGAGGCAGGACGGAGGUCACCCGAACAAUGACCUCGAGUUCUUGCUGCCUCGUACCCGUGACAGCCACCAUGCCACGCAGACCGAGGACGAGGCCAUGCGAGCUCUUGCGCAAGCUCUCGCAAAGAGAGAUCAUGCCAUCGUCAUGUGGAGCGUGGAGGAGGAUGCAGCGAGGGAUGUGGUAAUUCCUCGUCGUAGAAAAGUGGAGGGGAGGGAUUUGAUGUUGUUCCAGCGGGGACUGCAAGCGGGGUGUCAACAGCAGUAGGAGCUGCGGCAGAAGCGGCCCAUUCAGCAGCAGGUGGAGAAGAGACUGGACCACCGCUGGAAGCAACAGCAAG